AUGUCUGCAGGAACAAGCAAAUGGGAUCCGAAGCCCGGCGACCCGGAGGGCAAACUGCUCCCUUUUGAAGAAAUCAAAACCGAAGCAGAUCUCCUUCCUCCCGGUGCCGCUCCCGGUACCGUCCCUACCGAUCUCGAGCAAGCAACCGGUCUAGAACGUCUAGAAAUCUUGGGAAAGAUGCAGGGCAUCGAUAUCUUUGACAUGUCGCCACUUCCGUCAGAUAGACUCGGUACCUUUGAGAAUCCGAUUGUCGUCAAAUCAGCUGGAGCCGAGUAUCAGGUCGGCUGCACCGGCUCUCCGGCUGAUUCACAUAAUGUCAAAUGGCUCGUGAUGGACCGCAAGCGCCCCUUUGAACGAUGCCCGGAAUGCGGGAGCGUCUACAGAAUGGACUACAUUGGACAGCCGGAUUCGCACGACGACCACCAUGGCGAACACCACCACCACCACCCCGCGCAUGAAGCACCAAAGACUAUGGCUGAUUUUGUCAAGCCCGAGUACUGGUACCGAUAA